UGAAACAGUUCGUUCAUAUAUGUCUUCAUUCAAAUAUUUCAUAGCUUCAUUUUUUUCGAUGAGAGGAACAAAGGAUGUGAAGGUUAAGAAGGAGUAUGUUCGGAUAUCACUGUUAUCUGGACGUGGAAUUGAAGAAGUAAUUUCAACAGCUUUAACAUAUCCUGCUCCAAUACAAACUACUCAACAACCACUUAAUGCCCAAAUUGAUGUGGAAAAACUUAUUCAGAUUUUGCGUGAAACCGCUCCAAAGCAAAGAAAGAAAAAAUCCGUAUAUUUUUUAUUCUUUUUCAUUUUUCAAUUCUUUAUCUAGGAGCGUCUUCG